AUGCUGAAGCGCCUAGUUAAGCUUUACAUAGUAACAGGUGGUAGGAUACUUCCGACCGUCACACUGCCCUCCAAAACUUCACUAGCGCAUGUGGCCCUCGCCUACGCUGGGCACGACGCCUCUGCGCCGUCCCACAACACUACUCCCGCCCGAGCUAUUAAUGCCUCGGCGCGUCACGCCAAUGCUACUGCUGCCCCAGUACGGUCGGGACACUUAAGCUUGACGCAGGUCGCACUACAAGAAGUAGAGCGCCAUCGCCACGCAAUUGCUACAGUGGUACAUCGAACCAAUCAACCAGCGCGGAAUUCCAAAAGGCAAUUCCCACAGUGUAACACCGCUGCGUCUGCAGCGUUAGCGUGCCCCGUGUCGGACCACGCGCUUUCACACCACUCGGGUUUUGACAAGCCGCGAUCUCGCCGCAUAUUCCAGGCCUACGCUGGGCACGACGCCUCUGCGCCGUCCCACAACACUACUCCCGCCCGAGCUAUUAAUGCCUCGGCGCGUCACGCCAAUGCUACUGCUGCCCCAGUACGGUCGGGACACUUAAGCUUGACGCAGGUCGCACUACAAGAAGUAGAGCGCCAUCGCCACGCAAUUGCUACAGUGGUACAUCGUACCAAUCAACCAGCGCGGAAUUCCAAAAGGCAAUUCCCACAGUGUAACACCGCUGCGUCUGCAGCGUUAGCGUGCCCCGUGUCGGACCACGCGCUUUCACACCACUCGGGUUUUGACAAGCCGCGAUCUCGCCGCAUAUUCCAGGCCUACGCUGGGCACGACGCCUCUGCGCCGUCCCACAACACUACUCCCGCCCGAGCUAUUAAUGCCUCGGCGCGUCACGCCAAUGCUACUGCUGCCCCAGUACGGUCGGGACACUUAAGCUUGACGCAGGUCGCACUACAAGAAGUAGAGCGCCAUCGCCACGCAAUUGCUACAGUGGUACAUCGUACCAAUCAACCAGCGCGGAAUUCCAAAAGGCAAUUCCCACAGUGUAACACCGCUGCGUCUGCAGCGUUAGCGUGCCCCGUGUCGGACCACGCGCUUUCACACCACUCGGGUUUUGACAAGCCGCGAUCUCGCCGCAUAUUCCAGGCCUACGCUGGGCACGACGCCUCUGCGCCGUCCCACAACACUACUCCCGCCCGAGCUAUUAAUGCCUCGGCGCGUCACGCCAAUGCUACUGCUACCCCAGUACGGUCGGGACACUUAAGCUUGACGCAGGUCGCACUACAAGAAGUAGAGCGCCAUCGCCACGCAAUUGCUACAGUGGUACAUCGUACCAAUCAACCAGCGCGGAAUUCCAAAAGGCAAUUCCCACAGUGUAACACCGCUGCGUCUGCAGCGUUAGCGUGCCCGGUGUCGGACCACGCGCUUUCACACCACUCGGGUUUUGACAAGCCGCUAUCUCGCCGCAUAUUCCAGGCCUACGCUGGGCACGACGCCUCUGCGCCGUCCCACAACACUACUCCCGCCCGAGCUAUUAAUGCCUCGGCGCGUCACGCCAAUGCUACUGCUGCCCCAGUACGGUCGGGACACUUAAGCUUGACGCAGGUCGCACUACAAGAAGUAGAGCGCCGUCGCCACGCAAUUGCUACAGUGGUACAUCGUACCAAUCAACCAGCGCGGAAUUCCAAAAGGCAAUUCCCACAGUGUAACACCGCUGCGUCUGCAGCGUUAGCGUGCCCCGUGUCGGACCACGCGCUUUCACACCACUCGGGUUUUGACAAGCCGCGAUCUCGCCGCAUAUUCCAGGCCUACGCUGGGCACGACGCCUCUGCGCCGUUCCACAACACUACUCCCGCCCGAGCUAUUAAUGCCUCGGCGCGUCACGCCAAUGCUACUGCUGCCCCAGUACGGUCGGGACACUUAAGCUUGUCCAGGAAGUCCGCAUUGAUUGCUCCAUACGAGGCCAAGUUCAAGCACGCCUUUCCAUUUGGAAUGCUGAAGCGCCUAGUUAAGCUUUACAUAGUAACAGGUGGUAGGAUACUUCCGACCGUCACAAUCACCAAGCUGAAAUUUCUUGACGUCGGCCCCAAGCUCCAGAACAACCCCCGCCUCAUCCGAGCAGGGGACGAGAUCAUCCUUGACGGGAAACGGAUACGUGCCGUUGGCCACGAUGCUGUCUCGGUAGUUGAGUGUGACGCCACGAAUCUGCACCAGGACUUCGUCUGGACCGAUCUCCGGUCUUGGUUCCGACAUGACACGAAGAGUACGAUGCGACGAGGUUGGAGGACGUCAUACUUUGGCGGUGCAUCGGGAGUUACCGCUUGGAACGCGCUCUUUGGUGUCCUUCCGCUAAAAGCCGGCCAAACAGUUCUGUUCCAAGGAACGGGAUGUGUAUCUAUCAUCGGUCUUCAAAUUGCCAAGGCUGCGGGGGCUACCACGAUCAUCACUUCGUCCUCGGAUGAGAAACUCAAGUUUGUUCAGGAAAAGUUUGUGGUUAACCAGAUCACUAGCGGUCGUGGAGUUGACUUCGUGUUGGAGAACGGAGGCUCAGGAACGAUCACGCAGAGUAUUGAAGCGAUCGCGGUUGGUGGCGUCAUUUCGGUGAUUGGUUUCCUAUCUCCUGAAAAGCAAGAAGAUAUGCCGGACCUCACCGUUCUCCUCCUAGGUAAGGGAUGCAUUGUCCGUGGUAUCUCUCUUGGCAGCCAGCAGCAACUUCGUGCCUUGAAGACAUUCGGCUUCAAUCGCGAAGAAGUAUUUGCGGCGUUCGAUUAUCUCCAGACCGGACGUCACAUCGGAAAGAUUGGUAUCGAAAUCAAAUUGGCGUACGGGCUGAAGCCCGAGAAGCGUAGUUCUCAAACAUCGAGAGUGUUUUUUUGGUUGGUGAACGAAGAGGAAGAAGAUAAAGAGAAUUGGAAGAAGCAUACCUCGAUUGACUGA